AUGUUCUUCACUCACGACUACCUCUACUUCUCUGCCCGUUCCAACCGCUACCUCAGGGGACAGGAGAGCGAGCAGGCCUCAGCGUCACUCGGUACCAUGCCUCUGUGUCGUCCGGUGUCUUCGUAUGAGUACCUGCCACAGCUUGCGCAGAAAGAACACCGUGCCUCCCUUCUGGAACCUACCACCCUCUCGUCUGCUGUAGUUGCCCCACUGCCUACUUUGCACUUCCGCGCACACACUGUUGCCCGAUCCCAGCCUCGUCGGGUCUGA